GAGAGAGAGAGAGAGAGAGAGAGAGAGAGAGCCGUCUCCGAUAACUCGCGAGGUCCGGGGUUCCGUAAAUAAACGCACGAGAGAGUGCUUUCCUUUUUUUUCCCUCGGAUUUCCCUCUGACGUGUCGUGCGCGACGGGGAAGACACGCGGGCGUGGCCGCGCGAGGGUGCGUGCGUGCGGUCUGAUCGGGCGAGCGAGCGGUCAGCUCGCGUCAGCGCGCGACGUGUGCGCGUCGUCCCCCAUUGUACGGACGUACUACUAGGUCGAUGGUACUAUCGACGGCGGAUGUACGAAUGUGAGCGUCAACCAGGUUCGGCCGUCUUCGCCAUCAGGCUGCCGUCACCGAGAGGGGAAGGAGUUUGUCUCGCGUGCCAGCACACAUCAAUGGUUCAGCUGGGAUGCCGACCAUGGAAUCUCAGUCUGACGAGCGUGAUCAUCUUAGCGCUGUCGAAUAUGCUGCUGACGUUCCUACUGUUGCAAUCAGAGACUUGCACGCCGGAAGCGAUUCCGCGAGAAGUGGAGGUGAGCGCUGUCACCGAAUGGAAUCUCGGCACCCUCGUCAAGCACGAGCAACAGUCGGAAUGCAUCACUCAGGAUUACCAGCCCACGUCACCUGACUCUAACAGUCUCAAGCUGGACAUUAAACUCGGCAGAUGGGAUGCCCGGCGGAUAUUCCGGACCUUUGACUCAGUGUUGGUCGGCAGUAGGUUUAUGGAGCUUUCGCAAACAUAUCGAGUGUGCCUGGCCACCCAGAGCUCCGUGGAAAAGCUACACUCGCUGGUGCAAGUUGCCUUGCACUGGACCGGACCGAUGUCCGUCGCGCUUUAUGCCGCCGGUGACGAGGAGUUCGAGGUGCUGCAGCGUUACCUGGUGUACCUGAGGCGAUGCUACGAAUCCAUCAGAGAGCGGGUGAUCUUCUCCCUGGCCGUACCGAAAAUGCGCACGCCCAAGAAGCAGCCGCGCGUCUUCGAUCUGCCGGAUUUCGUCGACUGUGCCAAACCGGAAGCCACCCUCAACGAGCUCAUGACCCGCGUGCCGAGCGAGCAGACCAAUUGGCGGAUACGAAACGUCUAUCCGCAGAACCACAUGCGAAACUUAGCGCGCAAAAACUGCCAGACGGACUAUGUGUUUUUAACGGACGUAGACAUUGUUCCGAGCUUCAAUCUAACGGUUGUGCUCGACGAGUUCCUUAGGAACGAUAACUGUGAUAAGUGCGCCUAUGUAAUACCCACAUACGAGUUGGACACGCGCGUGAGGUUUCCCCAAAAUAAGACAGAGUUAAUCAGGCUCGCCAAGAAAGGCUUGGCCAGGCCCUUCCAUCAGAAAGUCUUCAUACAUAAUCAGUUUGCCACAAAUUUCACAAGGUGGCUGCAGGACGUGUCACCAAACCAUAUACAUUAUGAAAACGUAAAGACAGGUAAGGUCUACAUUAGUCACGACGUGACGAAUUUCGAAUUCCUUUACGAGCCGUUUUACGUGGCGAAGGAUAUCGUGCCGCCCCACGACGAAAGGUUUAUGGGAUACGGAUAUACGAGAAAUACCCAGGUUUACGAGAUGUACGUGACGGGUUAUCAGUUCAAGGUGCUAUCGCCGGUAUUUACGGGCCACUGGGGACUGCAGACCAGGAAGACCAGGCCCGCUUGGCGUGAACGUCAAAACAGUGCCAACAGGAAACAAUUCGAGACGUUCAAGAAGGAAGUGUUCGCACGUUACAUGCGGGACCCGUUGAAAAUGAUGAAGAACGCCAACUGACGAAAGGCCCGUCGAGGGUUUCAAUUGACUUGAGACUCCUCCUCCAUCGUCCUUUACGUUCGUCCUUACACUCAACAUCGAGGAAACUCUAAAGUAGAAUUAGGCCUCUGGCUGCUGUCAGUGCUCACCGCGUAAUGUAGUUAAUGAUAGAUUCGAGGUGUUUCACGUGAUUGAACAAGUCAACGAAGAAUUUCGCCCGUCUAACGUUCUUCUCCCUUAGCUUCUACUAUUACUUCACACAGAGAAAACUGUGAUGUCAACGAUCAAAUUAUCCUUUCAAAAGGUAACGAGCGACUAUUUACGAUCAUUUAAAAAAAUUAGACCACAUUUUAUUGGGAAUAAAAGAUUUUAUAAUUUUCUCUGUCAACUUCAUUUUAUUUUUUAAUAUAAAUUUGACAUAUGAAAUCGAUUUUUUCAUCCACUGAUACACUCGUGUUAAAGAAAAAAAAAAAAAGAGUAUUACUUGUACACUCGAACAUUCUAAACGCAGAAACAGAAAUAAAUCUUUGACAAAGGGAUAGUCGAUCUUCGCGGAGUAGGAACAACGGUGAAACCAUUAUUAAGCGCAACGAUGGAGUGCUCCAGUAUGCUCGAGAGAACAGAUGCCAGAUCGGGUAACCGCGAUCGGUGGAUUCGCGCCACUUAUCGAACCUUCCGGUUCAGCGAGUCCGCUAGGCGGAAUCAACCCCGCGAAGGCUCUUGUUACUUCCACUCACGAUUUCCCAAAGUCAUCAGAGACCCGCCACGCGGGAUCGCGGAAUAAAUAUCUCGUCGUGAGUUUCGCGGCACGUACUCGCGCACGACGAGCGGGAAAACGAGGGCAGGGGAUCUUAAGUGAACGUACCUCGUUAGCUGUCUGGGGCUUAAGAGGGUGGCGUUUAAAUCCAAAAUCGAUACUUCGCUUGACGCUACUGCCGUAGCCCCGUAACGUAAAAUAAACAAAUGGCAUAAACUGUGUCGCCGUGGCGCGUAUCGUUUCGGAUUUAUAUCGAAAGAAGGAGACGCAAAUGCUAUUUAUGCGAAUGUUAUUAAGAUAUCUCGAGUCGCAGUCCAUCUUCAAUCGACGGAUUCCCCGACUAAUAUCCAAGCUUCUUUGUCUAAAAAAAGUGGCACAAUAAUUUAUUUAUAAGAAUUUUAUAAUUUAGGAAACUUUACGAAUUAAAUAAUAAAUUAAAUUAGAAUAAAGAUAGACAAUAAAAAAUUAUAGGACAUAUACUUUGGCUGUAAUUUUAAUUUAAAAUGCGAUUAGAUUAAAUAUACUUUCACGUUGUAUUUACUUUCAAUAAUUUAUAGACAACGGGAAAUACAAGGAAUUUAAGAUUACUGUUGUGUAAUCGAGUGUACACAGGUAGGAAAUAUGAGUGAAAUGGAAAGUAAUAAUUUUGCAUCAUCGAAAUAUCGCGCUCUACUAGUUGAAGGAUCGGCGAGAUAUUCCGUGUCCCGAGGCGUAACGCGCGCGUUCCACUUUGCAAUAUAAUCAAGCCGCUUCGCAGGAUGCGCGCUAAGUCUUUACAUUAAUAUCGACAUUUGCUUUACGUUAUGAACUCACAGAAUUAAUAAUGUUAGACGAGAUGUCAUGAGAUUUGUAGACACACGUAUGCGCGAAAGUGGUCCACAUUUGCUCGCGCGUCGUGUAAGCUCAACAGCGACAACGAUUGCUCAAUAAAUAUCAUUAUCGACAACGUUCUAUCCGAUUGAUCCAUAAGAUAACAUGCUCUCAUACUCUCUUUUAACUGACACGGUAUGUCUUCUCAGAGUUUUACUAGUUCUUUUGUUGUAAUGACGACGAAGUGCUGCUGAACAAAAUUUUAUUUCUUUGUUCAUGCUUCAUAGAGUUUGCAACAAAAGAUGCACAAUAAGAAAUAUAUUUAUUUCUUAAUUUAUAUUAGUAUAAAUAAAGUGUAUAUAUGUAUAUAUAUAUAUAUAAAUUUUUUAAAAUUUAAUCUAACUUUCAAAACAAUGCGAUAAAACUGCCGAUGUCAGUUAGAAGUUGAAACGUCAACGUUUAAUUUAAGGCACAGAGUCAUCUUUAUAUUGUAAUGUUUUUACUGAUAGAUGUAUAAAAUAUAGUGUAUAGAUGGUGUGUUUGUGAAAUAAUAAAAUGUAAUAAAGAGAAUUAUGAAACUA